CGAAGUUACCUCGAAUAGUCGCUGAUAAAGUCGAGCUUGUCGAUGGUUCGAUUUUCAGUACGAAGUUCCCGUUUCGAACGAUUUUUUACGUGUAUUUUGUUGCGCGAAAAAUGAUUGCGUGACGUUGAGUUUUAUGGCGCGAUUUUUCUUCGUAAUUUUUUUGAGCUAAGUAAGUAGGUACUCGACGUGAACGAUAUACGAUCUCGUAAUUUAUUUUUUGGUUUUUUCGAGUACGAAAGUUGUGGAAAGACACCGUUUAUUGAUUAGAAAAAUUCGACGAACGGAUGUUUUUCGAUGAUAUGAGAAGUGAAUUCGGUUCGUGUAAUGUAUCAUGCUCGAGAUAAAUGGAACGUAACGAUAAAUUGGUGUAUUUUUGUGUUUCGAUGUGCGAAGUGUUGGCGAAGUGGUGUUGAAUUUCGCGUCUAGUUUCGGGUAGGUAUCUACCUACCUUUGUAAGUUGCUUGAUACGAAGUGCUAUCUGUGAAGACCAAGGAGGAAAAAAUGCUGAAAUUUCGAACGCCCGAGAACGUGUUUAAAAGUACCCCUAUGUCGGCCAAAUCGUUCGCCAUGUCGCCGGAGAUCACCACCAACGGUGGAGGAUAUGACGAGACCGAUCGAGCUGUCGUCGUGGUCGGCCAAAACGGCGACGUUUCCAAGAGUAACGGCAGCGACGUGGAUAGCGGUCGUGAAUCUUUAUCGUCGACUAAUGCGUUUUUAAUGGAAGAUGACACGAUGCACGAUCCACCAAAAGUCAAAGUAGUCGGCGAGUUGCUGAAAAAGGACGUAAAAACUGGCAGCGAUCCUGCCACCGUAUCCGUAGAAUCACCAUCAGCGACUGCUCUGAACGGCGGUAUCGAUUUGAGCUCGUUGAUCAUCGCCAAAGAAAUCAUCAUCGGUAGUUCUCCAUUUACUCCUAAAACCGAUCCUAAACUAUGCCCGAAAAAGAAACCAACUCCGAAUGACGCCGUACGUAAGAAACGUCUCAACGAACAUAUCGACAAUAAACAAAAAUUGACCGGUGUUUUGAUAAAAAGAAACAUCCCUGUGGAGAAGUCCCCUCCUUCGAUACCUAAGGAUGCUACCGUUAUUAAUAAAACUGUAGCGAAAAAAUCGCCUAUUACGCGAAGUCAUUCCAAAGAUUCCAUGAGCUCUUCUCCGACUCCAGCCACCACUCUCGCCGGUGAUAAAUUCGCAGCUAAGAAGAAACUAAUGCCUAAAUUUAGCUUAGACUCAAAAACGAAAGAAUUCAAGAAACCUGACCCGGUCAGAAACCCUAUCACCAAGACUGAUUCAGAUCGCAAAAAAUCAUCGAAACCUGUUCCUCCUAUGUCUAGUCUGAAAACUAAAUCUAAUUUGAAUGGUAAAAGUACUACUCGUGCCAGAAAUGACGCCUCCUUGGAGAGUAUAACAACUUACUCGUACGAAUUGUACAACGAAUCUAUGCAAAAGAGGAGUAACGCCGAUUUCACCGAAAAUUCAUUCUAUAAAGAUUUAUCGUCCGUUUUCCCUGGUACGUUGGAUAGCUCGCCGAUUAAAUCGAAUGGAUGUACAUCAUGUUUGCCAAUUUUUCGCCGACAAUCGGAUGUACCGGGCAAAUCGGACGAGCAACUUAAAAAUGAAAAAACCUGGCUGGACUGUGAAAGACUAUGGUUAAUGCAUAAAUCUGGAUUCACAGCUGUACGUUUACUUUCUCGCAGCCAUGACUCGGGUAAAGUUGGUAUUUGUUUGGAAGCCACCGGAGAGCAAGCGACCGUCGACGAAGAUGAUGUCGAAUUGGCUAAUCCAGCACAGUUCGAUCAGUGCGAAGAUCUAGCUCAGUUGAGAUAUCUGAACGAGUCGAGUGCGUUGCAUACGCUCAGACAACGUUACGGAUCUAAUUUGAUUCAUACGUACGCUGGUCCUACGAUGAUCAUUAUUAAUCCUAUGGUUCCUUUGAAUAUCUACUCGGAUAAGGUAGCGCAAAUGUUUCGCGGUUGUAAACCAGAAGAUAUGCCGGCACAUGUUUUCUCUUUGGCGCAAUCAGCUUACCGAGAUAUGUUAACCAGUCGUCGUGAUCAUUCCAUUGUUUUCAUCGGUAGAUCGGGUAGCGGAAAAACGACAAAUUAUAAACACGUUUUGCAAUAUUUAGUUUUAACUGCUUCGUCAUCCAAUAAGAUAUUAAAUUUGGAGAAAUUAAACGCGAUUUGGACGAUUUUAGAGGCGUUCGGUAAUGCCAGAACAUCGCUUAAUAAUAACGCUACCAGGUUUACCCAUUUAUUCAGCUUGGAUUUCGAUCACGCUGGACAAAUUGUAUCGUCGUCCAUACAAAUCUUCUCGUGCGAAAAGUGGAGAUUGGUUAGGAGAUCAGAUGGCGAACACGCAUUUCAUAUUUUAUACAAGUUGCUGGCGGGUGUCGAUGGCAUAUUAAGAAAAGAAUUAGCACUGGAUCAGAUUUCCGCCUCUGAACAGAAUAUAUUUUUUACACCUUUGCAAAAAAAUGAAGAAAAACAACGAGCGUUAAUGGACUUCAGUCGCAUCUGCGCCGCAUUCAAAACUGCUGGCAUCUCGGAAACAGAGCAGAAAACCGUUUUCAUGAUAUUGGCAGCUAUCGUUCAUCUGGGUUACGCCGGAACCUCCAAAGUCGGUACGAACAGCCGAUGGCAGUUUAAUAAUCCAGCGGCAGCUCAACGAGCAGCCAAGUGCUUAGGCACAACAGUAGAGGAAUUAUCCAGAGCUAUAUUCACCCAAGGAGUUUCUACACCUACUAGUGUUAUUCGCAACACGUAUAGAAAUACUUCACCUACCGAUAGUACCAAAAGUUUGGGAUCCGGUGACGAAUUUACCGGAUUGGAUGCUUUGGAAGGAUUUGUCGUCGGUUUAUACGUUGAAGUUUUCAAUUUAGUUGGAUCUUAUAUUAAUAGGAAUAUUUCGGCGAAUGUUCACACUGUUAGUUCGAUUAUCGUGUUGGACUGUCCCGGUUUCCAGAAUCCGGCUUCUUGUGGACAACUCCAAGAUGGAGCAUCGUUCAACGACCUAUGUCAUAAUUACUUUCAAGAACGAUUGCAAUCGUUAUUCCAUUAUAUGAAUUUAGAUUUACCUCGCGAACGAUACAAUCAGGAACAUAUCGAAGUAACUUUAGAUAAAUACGAAGAAGGUUCACCCGAACCGAUAGUUAGUUUGUUAGAUAAUUCGUCAGCUUCGUUCGUACGUAAUUCGCAAUGCGAUUUACGACAAUCUCCUUCUACCGAUAAACGUGCACCUGGUUUGUUAUGGUUGUUAGAUGAUAACUCAUCGUUGCAACCUGCAAGCGAACAUUAUUUUGUCGAUAAAGUAUUUUCGUUGUACGGCGAUCGAGAAGACCAGGUUCUAAUUAGAAAAGCGCCCGGUAAUAAUCAUUUCAUGAUUCAACAUUGCCAAGGCACGAAUCCGGUACUCUAUCGUGCGGAUGGCUGGUUGAAGCAAUGUAAAGAGAAUCCUUUCAUUAAAGUGGCCAUUACCAUAUUACAAGACUCGAACAAUAAAGAAAUCGCAAAUGCUUUCGCCAGCUGUCGAGGAGUUGGUUUAACUAGCUCUGUAGCAACUUUAGACUGUAGUACCCAUUCUCUACGUCGAGUAUCCAGUAUUAGAAGAACAUUUAACGCAGGUUUUAAACGCAAAUCGGUCUCGUUGCAAGUGAAAUUCAAUAUAGAUGGUAUAAUUGAAACUUUGCGAAGAACCAGAGUUAAAUUCGCUCAUUGCUUUUUACCUCAUCACGAUGCCGGUCUAAUGGAUAAAUCCAGUAGUAAUAGUUUAGUGUCGUCGUCUCUUACGACGCACGAUACUGCGAUCAAUGUUCCUCUGAUGCGGUCUCAGUUGAGGGGAUCUGAAAUAUUACCGGUGGUUCGUUUGAAUAAACAAGGAUAUCCGAAAUCUAUGUCUUUGGCUGAAUUCAAACGAAGAUUCAUGUUGCUGUCGAGUAACGAUAGUGCCGCAUUAGCUGCUACCAGUGAUGAUCAAACCGUCGCCAAGAAUAUCCUGCUAGAUGCCGAUGUUGAUGAGUCGUCCUAUCGUAUUGGAUUGAGCGAGGUGUUUUUCAGAUCUGGAGUUCUAACGCAGUUGGAAGCGUUACGAGAUGAUAAACUGGCCGAUCGUGUUAUCAAAUUUCAAGCGUACUGUCGUGGCUAUUUAUCCAGAAAGAGACUGGCCAAAUUGAAGAUCGAAGAUGUGGCCAUUCGAUGCAUACAACGAAACGUUAGAAAAUUCAUGCUGGUCCGUGACUGGCCUUGGUGGAGGUUGUUAGUUCGUAUUACGCCAUUAUUAAACGUACACAGGACGGAGCAGGAAUUAAAAACAAAAACGGAAGAACUCGAGGCUUUCAGAAUCCAAUGCGAGAAAUUGGAACAAGAAAGGAACACAUUGAAGCAAGAAAAUGCCAAGUUGGAUGCCAAGUUGAGCGAAUUAUCGGUGGAUCUUGCCGAAGAACAUUCAGCAGCUCAUUUGGCCAGCGAACGGUUAGACCUGGAGACUGCCGAAAGAAUGAGACUCGAGAACGAAGUACAGCAUUUACAAGCAGAGAAGAAGAAGUUACAAGAAAGCUCGGAAAAGCUGGAAACCGAAUUAUUAUGCAUGAAAACGGCCGAAGUGAAUGGUAUUAUUGGAAUUGACGACGAUGACAGCCUAUCAAUCGGUGAUGAUAAUUCAUCCGGCAGCGGUGGCGUUUACAAGCAAAGAUAUGAAAGAGCUCUCAGAGAAUUAGAGUAUACCAAACGAAGACUCCAACAGCAACAUCACGAUGAUCUCGAACAAUUAAUAGCUUUACGAAAACAACUCGAGAAAAAGAUCGCCGAUGCUUACGAAGAAGUAGAAGAACAGCGACAAGUUGUCGCUCAAUGGAAACGUAAAGUGCAAAAAUUAAACGGCGAAAUGAGCGAUUUACGAUUGAUGUUGGAAGACAGCAAUUCUAGAAAUAAUUUGUUAGAGAAGAAGCAAAGAAAAUUCGACUCGGAAUUAUUGCUGUUACAAGAAGAACUCCGGCAAGAGAAACAGAAUCGCGAACGUGUGGUGAGAGAAAAGGAUAUCGUGUCUGCUGAAAAAUAUACCCUGGAGCAAAAUCUUAGCGCGUUGAAAGUGGAUUUGGAAUUAAAAGAGCAGAAAUUAUUGAAUUUAAAUCGCGAAUUACAAGAAAUAUCAUACGGAGGUAAUACCGAAGAGGAGAUAAGUAGAUUAAGAAAGGUUAAACACGAACUUGAAAACAGGAUAGCUGAACAGGAUGAAGAAUUGGACGAUUUAGCCGGUCAAGUUGAAUUAUUGAAUCAGGCAAAACUUAGAUUACAAAUGGACUUGGAACAAGUACGGAAAGAACAUAAAAAAGAAAUUAAUCAACGCGACGACGAAAGCGAGAAAAUACGGCUGAAUACGACGAAGAAAGUCAAAGCUUUGGAAUGUCAACUGGAAAACGAACACGAAGAAAGAACGAUGCUAUUAAGAGAACGCCACGAACUAGAAAGAAAACUAGCCGAAAUCGAAGACCGAGAAAGAUGCAACCGAUCCGCUGACUUGGAAACACUCAACAGGCUGAGACGUGAUUUGAAAAAGACUAAGAUUUUAUUACACGAUGCUCAGCUGAUGCUACAACAAGCCAAAUUAGAUGCUCCUAGUAAAGCCAUAUUAAGACAAUUGAGAAAUCAAUUGGAAGAUGCCGAAUGUGCGAGAAAUGCUGCCGUUAAAGCUAGACAAUUGGCCGAGGCCGAUUUAGCCGAUAUUACAUCCAUGUUGGAAGAUGUUCAAAAAGCCAAAUCAGAUGCUGAAGAGAAAGCUACGUUGUAUUCUCGAGAAAAGUCUCAAUUACAGUCGCAACUUGAUGAGAAUGAAGAAGAAUUAGCUGAGGUUUUGAAAAAAUACCGCAACACGGUGCAGCAAUUAUCGAACGAACAACUGAUUUUACACGAGCAAGCGAACCGUAUAGCCGAACUGGAAAGCGAACGAUCAUCGUUGAAAGACCAAUUGGCCGAGGUAACCUCUCGAUUAGAGAAUAUCGAAACUCACGGCGACCCGACUUCUUCAUUGACGGUGAAACGAUUAGAAUUAAAAACCAAAGAACUCGAAUCAAAAUUAGACCUAGAGCAGACGACUAGAUCUAGAAUGGAGGUGCAAAUUGGAAGACUGAAAGAAGCUGCUGAAAGAUUACAGCACGAUGCGGACAUUGCUCGUAGCAAAGAAGCAUCCGCUCAAGAAAACGUCCGCAAGUUACAGCGCGCGCUGCGUGAUGCUCGCGAAGUGCAAUCCAACUACGAAUCAAAAGAAGCCACCGAAUCGGCUCGUAAACGCGAAUUAGAAAAGAAAGUCGAACAAUUAGAAACGGAGUUAUCGUCGGCUAAGGCAGAUUUGAAAUUAGCUCUGCAGAGAGUCGACGAUCUACAGUGUGCCAUUCAAGGUGAUUUAGACGAUAACGACGACGACCAGACUGACAGCGAUAACGAUGAUUCGGGUAGCUCGAACGCGUCCCUGCAAUCAUUCCUGCUGCAAAGUAACGGCGAAACAUCUAUUCAUAAAUGGUUGAAUAACGGCGCCGGAUCUGAGAAUUCAAAAAUAUGAACCAGUUUCCCUUUAUAGCUUUAAUUUUCAUUUUUAUUUUAUAGUUAUGUAGAUUGUAGACCGCGUACGCAAACGUCGAAUCGAAUUUUUACAUUAGGAAAAAUUAUCGUGUUAACAUUGGCUGUUGUUUUGUACUUAUAGUGUAUUGUGACCUUUUUAAAUGAGGAAAAAAAUUCAAAUUUUAGCAUUUACGUAUUAAGGAUCAUUUUACAUUGUACCUUGAUCAUGUGUUGUUGGAAUGUUAUUUGUGAUUUGUAUUUCUUUUUUUUUUUGCGAUGCUUUUAGAAUUCUUCCGAUUUAUUUUGUGACCAUUUUAUUAUUUGUUCAAAUUGGAAUUAUUUUGUAAGCGUUUUUUUUUUCAGUUAGAAUGUACCUAUUUUAUGUUUUUCCCCAUCCUUUUCUUUGUACCCCGUUUGAUUUAUUUUACUUUCUUUGUUUUAUAUCAUGUAACUUAUCGUUUUUGUAAUCGUAAUAAUUGUACUUAGAUCGUUCCGCGUUUUAGUAUUGAGAGAUUUUAUCGUGCGGUAAUCCAUUUUCUUUUUACCUAUUAUAGUACAAAUUUUGUUAUAUACUUAAAAAUGUUGCUCAUGACAUUCGUGUAAAAUCGUGUAUUGAUGCGAAUUUUUGUAACGUCUGAAUACUGAAACGACGAACAAAUAUUUCUAUGUAAAGUUGCUACUGCGAGUUAUUUAUUCAGCAAUUUGUUUUAAAUAUGUGAAACUUGAUUUUCUGUUAUUGUUUUGGUUUUUUUCUUUUUUGUAUUGUAAAUAAAAUAUAUAUUUUUUCCUCGUA